CGGAUAAUAUUGCCACCUUAAAACACACGACUUGUCUUCUAUCUAUAAAUACCAUUCAAUUCAUCUCCAAAGAUCAUCAUUCAUACCAUCAUCUCUGUAUUCAUUAUCAUCAUCUUUUUUCAUCGCAAAUCUAAGAACUAAGUGUUUUUGUUGUUUCCAUUGAUUUUCAGUUUGCAUUUUAAUGUUUCAUUUUCGUGGAGAAAUUUAGAAGAAGAAAGAAGGAAAAAUGUUGGCAAUAUUUGAUAAGGAGUUGGCAAAUGCACCAAAGGAAUUGAACAGUCCAGCAUCAAUGAUGCCUGGAUCUAAGAAACCAAAGCUCCCUCAGGAGAUUCUAUCUUUACAUGAUCCAAAUCACAAUGGAUUGCAGAUGAAUUUUGGCAAUGCUGCUACUCUUGCUUACCUUCCCAAGGAUGAUGCUCACUUCUCUGUUCAUCAAAGGUUGUUCUGUGGUUUGGAUGACAUUUACUGUCUAUUCUUGGGAAGUUUGAACAAUCUUUGCUCACUGAAGAAGCAAUAUGGUCUGACUUCAAAGGGGAUAAAUGAGGCAAUGUUUGUGAUUGAAGCAUACAGGACACUGAGAGACAGAGGUCCAUACCCAGCAGAUCAAGUUGUGAAAGAUCUUGAAGGGAGUUUUGCAUUCAUCAUCUAUGACAACAAAUCCAAAACUGUUUUUGUAUCACUGAGCUCAGAUGGUGGGAUCAAAUUGUACUGGGGAAUUGCAGCUGACGGUUCUAUUGUGAUCUGUGAUAAUCUUGAGGUUAUUAAGGGAAGUUGUGCCAAGUCUUUUGCACCAUUCCCUGUUGGGUGUAUGUUUCACAGUGAAGGUGGGUUGAAGAAUUAUGAGCAUCCUAUUAACAAGAUGAAGGCAAUGCCAAGAGUUGAUAGUGAGGGUGUUAUGUGUGGUGCUAGUUUUAAUGUUGAUUCUCAUUCUAAGAUUCAUAGCAUGCCAAGAGUUGGUAGUGAAGCUAAUUGGUCUGCUGCUUGGGAAUCACACUGAGCCUGACUACAAUGUAUCAUAUUUCUUUUGUUUAAUGAAUGGUUUUUAUUAAUGUCCAUUAGUGUUUUGAUAUUGA